UGUAGGAGUUGUAGGUACGAUCGUGUCUGCUGAAUAAUGCCGGCUCGGCUAUUUACCUUUUCUUAACCAUGCUAAUUUUAAAGAAAAAUGCGACAUAAUAUAUUGACAUAAUAGUGUACAAAGCAAGGACUGUUUGCGCAAGUGACAAUCUUAGCGAAGUUAAUUUAUUCGAACAUUAAAGUGUGUGACUCGUCAUCAAAAAUGAAUUAUAUUAUUUUAUGGUUUCUAUUUGUACUUUCAUUAAUAAGAAAUGCAACAGGACUCGGGGAAAUAAUUUACGCAAUCAACGCUGGCGGACCUGCGCACACAGACAUAUACGGCAUUCAUUAUGAGAAAGAUCCUUUGCAAGGCAGAGUUGGCACCGCUUCCGACUACGGAAAACAGCUAGUAAUGAUCGGCAGAGCCAACCCGAAGGACGAGAUCUUGUACCAGACGGAGCGCUACCACCACAGCACCUUCGGCUACGAUAUCCCAGCCAACAAAGACGGGGAUUACGUGCUGGUUCUCAAGUUUAGCGAAGUAUACUUCAACGCUCCCAAUAUGAAAGUAUUCGACGUUGUCCUCAACGGAGACCACACCAUAGUAGCCGAUUUAGACAUUUUCGACAAAGUGGGUCGUGGUGUGGCGCAUGACGAGUAUAUUCCAUACUCUAUUAAAAAUGGUAAACUGUAUUAUAAUGAGGAAGAAUCUGAUAUUAGAGGAGGAAAAAUAAAGGUUGAGUUUAUCAAAGGUUACCGAGACAACCCCAAAAUCAAUGCUUUAUAUGUGAUGAGGGGUACUAUAGAUGAAGUUCCUAAACUAUCACCAUUAGUAUGGCCUGACAAUGAGGCAGAGGAGACUAGGGAGGAGGUAGAAGAGAAAAGUACCCAGUCACGACGGGCAAGCGCUCCUAAGCAGCCCGAUCCCUACUCCAUGGAUGAGAGCUCCGUGCUCAUACCUGUGUUCAUCACAAUAGGAGCCUUCGUGCCCCUCUUGUUCUGUCUCUGCAAACUGUAGUCUCUCUGUUUCAUGUUGUUCUGUGACUAGGAUCUUAUGCACCAUUAUUAAUUCUCAUACAUUGCGUAUGCAGUAUGUUCUUAACUUAUUGCUAAUUAUUAUUUUACAUAAUUUUAUGUGCAUAAAACUAUGAAUUCACCAGGAAUUAAUCCAAAUGCCUAAAAUAGUACAAUUUUUUUUUUUUUUAAUGCUAAAGCCCGUCCUAUUCAAAGCAUAAUAUAUUGAAAUAAACAUUAUUAGGGCAUAAUGGAGCAGGAUGACUUAUACUUGAAAAGUGCAUAGAAAUUAUGUAAAUAAAUAAUAUUCAGUUA